GUAGAUCAGUUUGGAGAAAAAGUACUGGACAGAUCUCUUUAUAUACAGUCUAUGGGACAGAUGUGUUGAACCAACAAAGAAGAGACACCAGGCGGCAACAGCAGCAGCAGUGGAGUGUAGGCUCUGGGGACAGCUGUGGCAGCGACCCCUGGCGGUGAGUCCAUGAAACGUGCAGUCUCUACAACAACAUCCAGAGCAAGGUGUGUGAUGUCCGAGUCCCUGUGUCCACAGCGCGUCUUCAACGGCUUGAAGAAGGGCUUGUCUAACAGGCAGGACUGACCUUCAGGCUAAAAGGUCAGACACUGGGAGGGCGGAGCCCAAUGGAUCGUGGUGGUUGGUGUGAGACCCAGAGCAGCAUAAUGUCGCAACUUCCUGUGGACGGCGUAGACCUCUGCGAUAACCUCCCCAACCCUGACACUGUCUCUGCCCAAACUCAAAACCUCAACGAAACAAACUCACAAAAUCAAAGUCUCUGUCCUUCACAAAUUGAAGUGGGGGGAGGGCGCAGGCUCAUCCAAAAAGCCUCUUUUAACAACAAUGGGAAGGAUGAGGAGGAAGAAGAGGGGAAGGAGAGAUACACAGGAAGAGGCAGAGAGGAGGAUGAGCAAGAAGACAAUGAUGAAGUGAUGAAAGAAGAAGAAGAGGAGGAAUCAGAGGAAUCGAGUAGUCUAAUUCGCGGCCAGUCUCCAGACACUAUGACUGACUCAUCGUAUUCAGAGACUGGCAGCCUGUUGGAGACUCCAUAUCCUUUCAGCCCGGGGACCAGUGCAGAGCCUACAUCCCCUGUCAUCCCAGUGAUCAGUCCAGAAACUGCAUAUCCCAUCGGUCCAGUGGAAUUCAAUCAGAGUGAUGUCAGCAUGGACUCUCUCACAUCCAGCACUGGAUCAGCUGCCUUCACCACAGGGCUUAUUCACUCUACUACACUAACUGAAACCUCAGACACCAGACCCACAUGUAUCACAGAAACUACAAGCAGGAUAGAAAAAAAUGCUGAGUCCACUACAGAACUUCUUACCUCAUUUACUGAGCCCGUCUUCAGCCAUGGGUCUGCCAGUUCAUAUGUCGGACCUGUCACCUCAACCGCAGAGACAUUCACAGUAACUGAUUGCACCACACGGCUCAAUACCUCCGUGCCUUCCACUACUAUGAGUGCAACUACAGGACCCCUUGCCUCCACCACAGGGCCAACGACUGUAGGUACAGAUCUCACUUUCACCACAGGAUCUAUAACCUCAAACUGGGAAAACAUCACUUCCAGACCAGUGCCCCCUUGUUUCUCAGUGUCCACCUGCUCAACUGGGACUAUUCCAAGCCCGGCUUCGCUGAAAUAUCUGGAGCAGUUGGCAGAAAAAGGAGAUGACGGUCACCUUCCACACUACCUGCACCAGAUUGCUGAGGCCUUUGUCCUUCAGAAAGACUACCAGCAGGCGUUAUGGUGCAUCCAACUAGAGAGACUCUAUCACCAGAGGAUAUUGGACAACCUGAAUACACUCCAGGAGCAAUUGGGAGAGUACAGAAGGGUCACACAGGUUUCAAAUAUUCAUUUACUAAGACCAAGAACAGUCACUAACUCUGUCUCUCUCUCUCUCGCUUCUGUUCAUAGACCAGGUUCAAGAGAUGCUGUGCGUGCAUCUCUGGACUUUAUGAGGCCUACAGUUGAAGAAGGUGCUGCUCUGUUGUCAUGUUCCCCAGCUGAUCAGGUUGACAGAGGGACGGAGCAGAGAGACAAAGACUCCAGUCCUCAGAGUGGUGAUCCGGUCACCCCCUACAUUAAUUUGACCGACAGAAUCAGUCUCCCUGAGAUCAUAGAUAAGGACAGGGAAGACCCAGGCAGGGUUUUUGAUGGGAGGGAUGGUUUCCAUGGAUCUCAGCUGACUGACGAGCAGGGUAGUGACAGAGAGGGAGGCGGGGCAGAAGGGGGGUUGGGACACACCAUUCCAGCCAUAAAAAAUGGUCUGCACCCCUCUACAGCUGGAGAAAUGGAUCAGUCCAAGCCCGCAGAGCAGCAGGGAGGAGAUUUAGGUCUAGCAGAGGGAAAGGAGGUAAAAAGGGAAGAAGAGGAGAGGAGCAUAGAGGAGGCAGUAGAGGCUUUGGAGAUGGAUGAUGAGGGAGAGGAAGACGAUAAGGAGAAGCAGAAAGAAAGAGACUUUGUAUUCUAUCAGAGAGCUCUCCCAGUGGAUAAUCUGGGCAGUGGGGCAGAUGUGGAGGAACAGCUGCACCAGGAAGUCCCAGUUGAAGAGAAACUACACGAGCAUACCCAGCAGGAGAGCACGGAAACUUGCCUGCACCAGGAGGCCCAUCUUACUCAGGAGGCUCAUAUAAAGAAGCAGGAGCAGCAUGAAGAGGAAGAAGAGGAGGAGGAGGAGGAGUAUGAAGUAGAGCAAGCUGACCUCAUCAGAGAAGCUGCCUCACUGGACGACAUGGCUAAACUCAUCACCGUAGAGGAGAUGUCUCCUGCAUCUGGCCUGGUCUCCAUAUUGAAGAAGAGGAGUGUUUGUGUGGAUAACGUGAGUGUGUCUUCGAGUUCAGAGUCCCUGCCUGACAAAGCCACUGCCAAAAGAAGAGUCCGCUUCAGAGUUCCUGACGAUGAUGAGCAGGACGUUGGCGGUGGAGACUCCUGCCUGCUUCUCAUCCUGCUUUGUCUUGUUACUGUAGUGAUCAGUGUGGGUGGCACCGCCCUUUACUGUGCUGUGGGGGACGCCCACUCAUCGGUGUGUCAGGACUUCUCCAGAAAUGCAGACUUCUACAUGGGCCAGAUCCAGCAGGGGAUAACUCAUGUCCAACAUUGGUUUACGCCUGGGUCAUAGCAGCAGACACUUUUUUAGCACCCUGGAGUCACUGGCCUUACUGUUUUUUUUUUACUGUAGGCUACAGGUAAUGCAUCCAGGCGACUGCUACCUGCCACCGUGUGGAGUAAGUGGCCAUUAUGCUGCCUAAUUGACUAUAAGAGUAGAUCAGAUUCAGUUAGCAUUUGCUCUUCUGCAGUUUUAUGCUCUGUGAGUAAAAUUCCAAGGUUCACUGAGACCCCAAGUCAUACAUUAGAAAUCCCAAAAGAAAACUAAAUAAAAAGAAUAGCAGAGCAGAAGAGGAUGAACUGACCUACAACCCUCUCUACUCCAGAUUCAAGAGGUAAGAGCUCAGAGUUGUCUUCAUACUCACGUCCACUGUCAGCCAGUGAUGGUUCAGUUUCAAAAGUCAGGUAAAUCAGCCAAGACUGAAUACAAACUGACACUGACUCACACUGGAAUCCAGAACUCAGCACAGUCAAGAUCAAAUUAAACAGCUGUGACCCACAGAGCUGUAAAAAUAAGAAGUAUAAAUUGUACAGUUUGCUAACUGUGGGGAAAAGAGACUCUCUCUCUCCCCACACACUGCACAAACAGGUAGUGGCCCAGCAAGCAUUUUACAGACUGCUGCAACUACUGCUGUUGCUUUUAUUGUUGACAUUUUUUAGAUCAAAAUGAAAUUUUAAAAUAAUGAAAUUGUUGUGUAUUAAUCAUGUCUUAAACCUUUGGAUGAAUGUUUGGGGCUCAUUGUUGACCUUUGUGUGGUCUGUGGGGCAUUUCUACAGUGUACUGUCAGAUAAAAGAUUUAACGGGUUAUUUUGGUGUUUUUAAAACCUGAGCUGCUAAUGGACAACAGGCACGUCAAAUAGGUCCACGGGGGGAAGUUACCUGAUUGCAUUGCAUUGCAUUGCAUGUUGUUAUGAGCUCAAGAGCUCGAUAUCAGCCCUACAGACAUAUACAUAAAUAAUCCCCCCCUGCGCACAUUUGACAUCUGUCCUGUCGCUGCCGUUUUCUGUGUAACUACCAACAACACAUUUGCAGCGAGCUGACAUGGCUGACCCUGGAGACUUAAAAGUCUUAACUGUCCGUUUGUGUUUUUCAAUGAACUAAUUUUAGCUUUGUGUAGCAUAUGCAACAUGUACAGGAUCACAGUGCACCUCUGUAUAUAUUUUCAGGAGAAUGUUUAACAUGUUGCACAUGAGACUGGUACGAUUUUAUUGCAAUAUUUCAACAGGCAUCGUUCUGUUGGUUGUAGACUAAAUGUCAACUUAAUAUGAUUUAAUCAACAACACAAAAAAAUCCAUAUCCAUAUCUUGCUUUCAGGUUUACUGUGAAAAGUAAAUAUCAUUUAUCAGUUAUGCACAUUUAAACAGAAAAUACUCAUCUUCACAUUUGGAAUAUCUCAGUAAAAUGAACACCUGAUGGAUGAGAACUGUUGGUAGGAAUAAUUAUUCAGUGUACUUCAUCAGUACAGCCUUGAUGUUGAUGGACCAGUCCUGGUCUGUCUGUCUGUAUCUUUGCUGUUUUUAAGGGAGUCUGGGCAUCAUCCUCAAUGUGUGACUAUCAAUGUAUAAUUUGUUUUUUGCAACUCAGAAAGAUUUAUGCCACCACUUAAAAGAUUCAUCCUGAUAACUGUUAACAUGUUGUUAACGGAACAUUUGUCUUAUGUGUUUACAGCGGCCAAAUAUUUGAUCUUAAAUUUCCUUAUGAAAAAGUUUGGUCUGGAAAAAGUUUCACACUUUUGUCCCUGAAACCAAACUCAAACCUGUGUAUUUACUCUUAUUUCUAACAAUUUGAAAGAAACGUUUAAUAUUUUUCAGCUUGACGUCGCUGUUUUCCCAUCCAUAGUUUCCAUGUGAUAUUCCAACAUAUUGAAACAUUUGAUGUCCUGCUCACCUUGCUGUUGUAGUGGAUGCCAUAAAAAGUGCCCUAGAAAAACCACAUAUCUUAGACACGUCUUAUUUGUCAGUGGGUAAAGACAGAAAGGACAGAUUCAAGUGUCUUAACUAUGCAUUUUAACAGGUGAAGAAAGAACAGUGUUUUCUUUCUAUCACAGUGUGUCACUCACAAAUCCCCGAUAAUUAAUUUAAAGAUAUGAGGUUUUCCCAGGAUGUAAUGAUUAUUAGUUUGAGUCUUGCUUUUUUAUUUGCACAUGUCAUCUGGCUGGUUCAAAUGACUAUCACUCAGAAGAAAGCAUCUUAUUUAAUCUUUCAGAUGAUUUUAAUUAUUUAUAAUAGUAGAGAAAGUUUGAGUGGUUAAGAAACAUCUUUAGUUUUUGUUUUCGCUUGAUUGUUGUCAUCAUACAUCACAUACUGUAGGUUUUUCAUCUCAUGUGUCAUUGUUGUUAAGGAGGCUUUGACAGAAAAUUAGAUUUUUUUAAUUGAACACCUUCCUCUCCUGUCACUGUACAUUCAUGUUGUUUAUUUACAUUUAUUUUCAAUACCGUGCCUCUGCUGUCAGUUGCGUCCUCUCCACACAAAAUGUAAAAGGUUACUGUUUCUUCCAUCUUAAGACGCAGGAUAUGUAAUCUAUUCUUAGUUAUUGGUUUUUAAUAAAACUUGAUAGGAGGAAUUUUGUGUGUGAAUCAGUCAUCUGUACCACUGUUAUCAGCCCGAUGAAAGGUGUUUAUUAUGAAUUGUUUAAUGAAUUUUUUUCACCUUUUUCCACUGUUCUUAUAGAUUGUUAUAAGGAAAUUAGGUUUUUUGUCCUGUUUAUGUCUCCUGUUAAAGCCAUUGG